AUGGCAAACGCAGCUUCUCCCCUCCUAGGGUUCGUUAAUGGGUCAAAGAACUUGUUUCCACCCAAGUCCAUGGAAGAGACCAGAAAAAUGAUCGAACAACUGUGCAUCGACAUUGAUUUCGCCCACAAGGUCGAAAAAUUGGAUAAGUUCGUCGGUGGCAACAAUACCGCCAUCUUAUUCACUUGUCUUCCUCUCAAAGCAACGACUGAAGACGAACGAGUCUCCUGCGUGUUACGUACUUCUCUAGAAAAUCAUUUCAGAGGAAACCCCCCUGUCGAUAUCUGCAUGAAGUCGGAAGUAUCUAUCACUCAUUACUUCCGCCAGAAAAGGAACCUACCAAUUCCACUCGUUCUAGCAUGGGAUUGUACCUAUCAAAAUAGCAUCAAAUGUCCAUAUUCUCUUUUAGAACAAGUCAAAGGGGAAACAUUGGAAUUUGAGUAUUUCAAGCUGAAUUACGGUUUGCAACACAAGACUCCGCGGAACGCUCGCGUGGAACGUCGUUGCUUAUACGCCAGAUGCGUUGCCGACUUUGUGGCUGCGAUGGAUAAGACUGAACUUCCGGGAUACGGAUUUUUCGUCGCUCCCGCCAAUACGCCACAUAAGGGUAUCAAAGUAGAAGGCGAUUUCCAGCUAAGUCGAGAUUCCAUCGAUGGUAUUAGGAUUCCCUCGGAGCCGAAUUUUCUUAAUUGGGUCAACAAUAUUUUGAAUGCACAAAUGCAGAGAGCUUCUGAUAUCUUCCUCAAGUUAUCGCCGGUUGAAGUUUGGAAGGUUCAGAAGCUUCGACAGAUAGGCUCGCAGAUGGCAGAGAAGGGGUUAUUGACAGAUGAACCAGCCGUAUUAUGGCACGCAGACUUCUACCCGAGGAAUAUCAUGGUCAAGAGUCCUAAGAAUCGUGCAACACUCACCGGAGUUAUAGAUUGGGAUGAAGCCAGGGCAUUCCCUCGCCUUGUAGCCAGGAAACCUCCCAGCUGGCUCUGGUCCAUGAAAGAGAGCCCCUUAUUACCAGAUGAAAGUGACACGAUUGCAGCUGCUUUCUACGAUCAUAUGGAGAUACUCCGUCCAGGAUAUAAAGACGACGCGUGUAUGCCUAUUAGAAAGGCAGUUAGAGCUCUCUGUAUGUAUGCAGUCUUUGGGGUAAAUUUUAAGCAUUACCUUGAGUUGUCUUUUGAUGGUUUGAUGUUUACUGAUGUCGCCUACAUGAACACAGAAUCACAGCGUUUGGAAACUGUCAAUAUGGAUCCUCCACUUACCCGCAAUCCACACGUCGAGUUACUCCCCCUGGUUGACGCACCAGUCUAUGGCGGAGUUGGGAAAGACUCACCACCCGAAAAGAUAGGCAAAAUGAUUCCAUUUCCAUCUCCACUGAGCUCCGAUUGUGAAAGAUUGCUCAAUGCACUACUCUUGCAACAUGAACACCCACAAACUGCUGCGUAUGUUAAAUCCAAAGGGGGUGGAAAUAACAACUUGGUGGUAUUCACAUGCCUAACAAGUCCAUUUUAUGCACUCCUCGAGUACUGCAUACGGACCCCUCGAUAUAUUUCUUUUUCCCAGAAACGCCAAUAUCCAAUUUGUCAGCCUGUCAAAACUCUUGUAGCAUUGACACAUCAAUUCGGAGUUCUUGGAGUCGGUUUGCCUAUCCCUGAGAUCCUUUUUUAUGACUCUGGUUUUGAGAACCCUAUUUCUUGUCCAUAUGUUGUCAUGCAACUGAUAUCUGGGACCACACUACAGAAACUAUAUCAAACAAUGCAACGAUCACCGAAUGUUUUCCCCUUUGCACUGCAAUACUGUCAACUUGCGCGUGAAAUAGCACAUUUCAUUGCUAAGAAGGAAAGCGUUAAAAUUCCAGGCUAUGGCGUCCUCAGAAAUGUAACAGAUACGGAAAUCUGGAACAGGGAAGAUCCAAAUGCUUGCUACGACCUUGCAGUGGACGAACUUAGCUUAGCGGGUGAAAAAAUUCCAAAAUUCGUCUUCCACCAGUUCAUCCGUGAGUUGGUGACCAAAGAAACGCAAAAAUGUAUUAAUUUAGAGGCAUCGGGGCAGAGAUAUCAAGGCGAAAAACUCGCAUGUGUAUGGGCAGAAAUGGCUAUGAGAGAUAUGCUCAACGAUGAAGACUCGACACUUUGGCAUCCAGAUUUUCAUCCAAGAAAUAUCAUGAUUGUACGACAUAAGAGUGAUAUUCUUCUAUCUGGUGUUAUCGAUUGGGACAAUUCUUUGGCUCUACCGCGUAUCAUGACAAGAGAGCCUCCUUCCUUUCUCUGGAACCAGCCAGGCGUUCUUACACAGCCAGAGGCUGAUGCGGUGAAACAAGCAUUCGACGAGACUGUAGAGCAAUUGGUCCCUGGAUAUACAGAAGAUGCAUACUCCAGACCUCGAGUUCUCAUUCGAGCAUUGGGCAUGUAUUCAUUAUAUGGUCCCAAAUGGAAGCAUUAUGGAGAGAUCUCUUUUGACGAAUUCCUACAGGAAUGUGAAAGAUUUUUCGCCCCUGAUCUACUAUUCCCCAUUCUAUGA